AUGAAGACUUGGUUAGUCUGCGGGCUGGCCUUUUUGGCCAUUUCCGCCGUUUUCGCCGACGAUUUGGACAGCAUUCUAGAGGAUAUUGACGACGGAAAGGCUCAAGUUCAAGGUAAUACACCACGUUCUAUGUUGGAAAUUUCUGCUUUUACUAUGUUACCACUAGACGAAAUUGACCAGUUAACCAAUAUCUCGCAUUGCUUGUGAGAACUUCAAGUUUUAAGAUAGCUCUGGAACAGGUGUUCCGUUCAGUUCUUUCGUGGGUAAAAUUAAUGGACCCAAGGAACAAACACUUUUCUGCAUGGAGCUUCAAAGAAAGGCCCUGACUAAUAUCUAUAUAAUCCAGGCUUAAGGCUAUUAAAAGUUGCCUAAUGGGAAAUUGACUGGCUCGAACAGAUCAGGAAAAACCUCUUUGUGGCGUUACUUACAGUAGGGGCCCUGAUCCAGUGACAAAAAACGUACCAUUUUGCAAGUAUCAAAAAUGUGGCAAAAUGCUUCCCUCUCCAAGCGAAAAAACUCGCGCCCGCUUUUUUUGUAAGGAAAAAGGGCGCUUUUCACUUUGAGAGGGAAGCAUUUUGCCACAUUUUUGAUACUUCCCGGAUGCAAAAUGGUACGGUUUUUGUCAAGGGAUCAGGUCCGUCUCCGUAUAAAAAAACAUAAUUACAAUGAAGCCAUCCAACUAGUCAAACUCAAGAAUUUUCAAGUACCUUAGCACUAAUUCCCCUAUAUUUUAGUCACCGCCAACCCCUGUGAUGACCAUGUUUGCGGUUGGGGAAAGGAGUGUGUUGUGGACAAGAAGAACCGCCCCGUCUGUGAGUGCAUUGCCAAGUGCCCCGAAUUCGACAACGACCCGAAUGACAUGGUCUGUGCCAACAACAACCAGACCUUCAGCUCGUUGUGCGAACUCUACCGUCAGCGUUGUUUGUGCAAGAAGAAGGGAAGCAAGGAGGGAUGUGACUCUCCAGCCAACGCCAAGAUCCACUUGGAGUACUUGGGAGCUUGCAAGCAAUUGGACGAGUGCACUGAUGAGCUGAUGGCUCAGUUCCCCGAACGCAUGGCCGAUUGGCUGUUCCAGGUGGGUAGGGUAACAUAAAGUUAGCUCAAAUAUCACUAGUGGUGGGGGGCACGUCAAUCAAAAACGGAAGAAAACAUUUCCCGCCCUUUUUUGGUGAUUCGUUCAAAACGAAAUGUCACUAUCCGAUAAAACUCAUUUUCUUUUCUUUCCUUUUCGAGAAAAAGCAAUUAUUUCGGGCGAGAAAAAUGCCGAUAAUUUCGCGAGAUUUCAUCCUAAGCCACUAUGAGCAACACUGCACACAACACAACAUACCAACACAACACCAAAAAUCAUCGUAUUUUACCCACUAUAACAAAAUAAAUCCUCCUUUCAUUUUCAGGUCAUGAAGGAGUUGAAGAAGCGUCGUGAGCUCCACAACCUCGAAUGGGAAGAGCUUGUGUCUGAAGCCGAAAACGACGAUGAGAAGCGUCACAUCUACCCCGUCAUCUGGAAGUUCUGUGACCUUGAUAUCAAGCCCCACGACAAGCAUGUCAGUCACCACGAGCUGAUCCCAAUUACCGCCCCAGUCAUUCCCAUGGAGAGCUGUAUUAAGCCCUUCUUGGAGAAGUGUGAUGCCGAUAAGGACGGUUCUAUUACCAUCAAGGAAUGGGGAAAAUGCCUCGGCCUCAAGGAAGGAGAAAUCCAAGAGCGCUGUUAA